AUGAACAUACUUAUGAUCAGUGAAGAUUCGAAAAUGAUUGUUAGCCCUGUACUUAUGAUCUUAAGAAUUCUACUGGAGCCUACACUUCUUUACUUAUUUUCUUCACAAAAUCAGCAUCAAAUUCCUAUAGAGUUUCAAUUUACUUUCCGAUCUUUAUUGUAUGCAACUGAAUUUCUCAAUAUUUUUGAUAGAUUUAGCCACAAAGCUGUGAAUUUCAAUAUAACUCAAAAAUGCCCACUCCUUCUUAGCAUAUACAUUCUGAUUUGGGUUAUUUUUUAUCAAAUCCUGAUUAAAGAAAUCUUCAUUUGCAACACACUUCUACCUUUUCAUUUACUACUUUGACUUUACAUAAUCUUUUUGCUUUCAAUAGUAAGUUACUUUCUAAAAGCAGUUUUUGAGACCGAAAAAUUUUCCUUUCAUCUUUAUGCUAUUCUUUUGCUGAUACUCAUUAUAACUGAAGUUUAUUCCAUUGCGUGUUGGAUUUUUCAUGGUUUUAUUUCACUUAUAUUUUUAUAUGGAAUUUGAAGUGUAAUUAUUACAGGCGCUGGAGGUAUUGGAGCAAAUAUUGCAAAAAUAUUUUUGGCUCAAGUUUCAAGUGUCCAUGAUUUUAUAUGCAUAUUUUCGAAAAAUAACCCAUUAAUGAGCGUUUUUUUUUUUUUGCUAGUUAAAGAGAUGGCUUGCGGUUAGCCUAACGAUGCUUCUUAGUGGGCUAUUUAUUAAAACUAGCAUAAAAUUUUCAAAAAAUUUUCUUGAUGACUGACUGGCUUCUGAUAUAAAAGGUCUUGCAAAAUUAUUAGGUCGAUCAUUUCUAUUUUUAGCUAAAUUUUAUUGAACAUGUUUGGGAUUUUAUGACAAAUCACUUUUGAAGAAUAAUCCACCCUUUAUAGAAUUUGGCUUGGAUAUGCUUUCCUUUCCGCUGGGCUACUUAUUGCUGGUAAGAAGUGGAUUUUCGCACAGUAAAUAUAACGAUUAUGUGGGCCUGAAUAUUUUUGCUAUGUUUUUUAUGUCUGAGAUGAUUUUUCAUGUAUUAUUAUAA